CUUAUUUUUCUAAUAUAUAAGUUGAACCCAAUGAUGAACUAUAAAUAACCAUAAUAGACCAAAAUAUGUUUAUGUGUGCAAAUUUGAAUAUAAAGAAAUGGAAGCUUUAAUAUGCAAAAAACCUGGUGAUCCAACAAUCAAACCAGACUCAUUAUCAUCACAAAACAACACUUCUACUACUGCCCUCACCAUCUCAACAACUUACCCAAUUCCAAAACUUGAUUCUCCAAAUUCAGUCUUGGUUAGAAUUAUAGCCACCAGUUUAAACUAUGCCACAUAUCUUCAAGUCCUUGGUCAAUACCAAGAAAAAUUCCCUUACCCUUUUGUUCUUGGCUCCGAUUAUUCGGGCAUAGUUGAAUCCGUUGGCCCGAAUGUUACAAAGUUUAAAGUGGGUGAUCGUGUUUGUUCUUUCGCGGGUGUUGGUUCUUUUGCUCAGUUUAUUGUUGCUCAUGAGCAUGAUUUGCAGGGUGUUCCCGAUGGAUGUGAUAUAGUGGCGGCGGCUGCGAUACCGUUAGCGUAUGGGACGUCUUAUCAGGCAUUGGUUUAUAGAGCCAAUCUCAAACCUGGUCAGGUGUUGCUAGUACUUGGUGCAGCUGGAGGUGUUGGUCUUGCAGCUGUUCAAAUCGGAAAGAUUUGUGGGGCCAUAGUUAUUGCUGUUUCUAGAGAAACAGAAAAGGUAGAGUUUCUAAAGUCAUCUGGUGCUGAUUAUGUUGUUGACUUGAGCAAAGGAGGUCUUAUUGAAAGUGUUAAUGCUAUCCUGAAAAAAAGAAAACUCAACGGGGUUGAUGUUUUGUAUGAUCCUGUUGGAGGCAAGCUUAUGAAAGAUAGCAUGAAGCUGUUGAAAUGGGGAGCACAAAUUCUGGUUAUAGGGUUCGCAAGUGGUGAGGUCCCAGUCAUUCCUGCUAAUAUCGCUCUUGUUAAGAACUGGACGAUUCAUGGAUUCUACUUGGGGAACUCUGAAGCAAUUAAACCAGGUGUAACGGAAGAUUCUCUAAAGGAGCUGUUGUCUUGGUUGGCAAGAGGCUUACUUAAGAUAAACAUAUAUCGUACAUAUAAACUUCAAGAGGUCCAUCUUGCAUUUUCGGAUAUCAGAGACCGGAAAGUCAUUGGGAAGGUGAUGAUUACUUUUGAUGAUACUAAAAGCCUAGUUUCUUCUAGACUCUAAGACAGUCUGAAUAAAUUGGUGGUAUGUGAAGAACAUGAUGUCAACAAGGGUAAAACUCGUACGAAUUCUGUGAAAAAUAGCCAUGACCAAACAAUUUUCAACAGUACUCGAUACCAAUAUCAUCUUUGUUCGAGCUCAAAGGAGGUCUCCUGGUUAUAUAUUUAUGGUGUUACAGUGCAAAUUUGAUUUUAUGAAGACUGGGUAAGUUAAUUAUACUUAUUUGGCUUUGUUGUUAAUCAAUCACUUGGAUAUGCAUCUGGUUUCAUUAUAGAAGGCCAAGUUUGAAACAAAA